AUGAGGAUGAUUUGCGAGAAGAGGAGCCUGAGCUCGAUCGAGCUGAGGAUCGAGCUGAGUCUCGAGCUGAGGAUCGAGCUGAGUGCCAGGAGAGUGCGGAUUUGGAGGAUUGGACUUCUCCAAAAGUUCAACAAAUGGCAAGGGAAAGCCAUUGAGAAGAUGCAAAAGUCCAUGGACAAGAUGGUGAGCAAGAUCAAGAGUUUGGAGAAGAAGGUUUCUGGUUCUUCAAGCAAGAAGAAGAAGUCCAAGGCCCCACUUUCCCUAGGAGUAGAUCACUCCUCACCACUCCAAGGAGGCUCCCUGCCCAAGAGCCUCACAGAGCCUCUUCUUUCGAGCCAGAGAAGGAGGAAGGCUUCCAAGGCCAGACGCUCCAGCUCGACCACCGGACUCGAUCGAGUCCAAACAGAGGAAACUCAACUCGAUCGAGCUGACGGUCGAGUUGACCUGGAGGAGCCCCAGUUUGAGAAUCCUGGGAUUCGAGUACGAUCCAACCUACCAGGACUUCUCCCAGAGAUGGACCCCUAUGGACAGUUCGAGCACCAAGCUCCACCAAGGCCAAGGAAGCCACACACACUUUGA